CAUUGAGGUAAUAGCCCAUACCUUCGUUAGGUAGUCUUGAUGAUGAUAACACUUAUCAAUAGCUGAACUUCGACGAAACAGCAGUGUACUUUUUAACUGACAGUUUCGUUUUCUAAUCUUAAUUCCUAUGUACUGUAUUUGUAUUCGUACGAGUUUCGCCGCUUACUAAUGUAUGAUAUUUUUCCGUUUUAUUCAAUCGAGUGAAAAAGUUCGCAAUAAUGGAAUCGCUGGAAGAAAACGAUGUCGUGAUCACCGGUGUCUCUGGAGUUUUUCCAAAAGCCGACAAUGUGGAAGAUUUUGCUGAAAAGUUAUUCAGCAAAGAAAACCUGUUAUCAAAUGCACCAUACAUGCCAUGUAAACUAGGAAAAUUAAACGAUUUGAGUAAAUUCGACGCCGAAUUUUUCGGUUUUCAACCCCAUCGAGUCGAAGUGAUGGAUCCAAUGGCCAGAAUUAUUCUCGAGAAAGCCUACGAAGCUAUUUUAGAUUCGGGAAACAAUCCUGUCACACUGAAGGGAAAAAACUGCGGAGUAUUCGUCGGUAUUCAUUUUCUCGAAACUGAAGUUCUGGUUUAUGAGAAAAUACAGAAAGGAGCUUCUCUCGCCAUUUCUAGAUCGUUCAACGCCAAUAGAAUUUCAUAUUGGCUUGGAGUUCAUGGUCCUAGUUUUACAGUAGAUUCUGCAUGUUCGUCGACGUUAUUAGCUUUAGAAAUGGCCUAUAAAGCUAUCCGAAAUGGCGAAUGUGAAUCUGCACUGGUUGGUGGAUGUCAUGUGUGUUUACAUCCGGCAUUGCUGUUGCAUUUGUUGAAGGUCGGUGCUCUGAAUCCGAACGGCGAGUCUAGAGUUUUCGAUGAAAAUGCUGGUGGGUUCUGUAAAGCCGAAGCCAUCGGUAUUUUCUUUUUACAAAAGGCCAAAGACGCUAAAAGAAUUUACGCUAAGGUAAUCAACGUUCGAAGUAAUCACGACGGAAGUAAACGAUUAUUCUUAUCUCCACACGGUCCUUCUCAAGCUAAACUGCUAGAAACGAUUUAUCAACAAAGUAAAAUUGAUGUAAAUUCGGUUGCUUGGAUUGAAGCUCAUGCGACCGGUACUUUGGUUGGUGAUAAACAAGAAGUGACAGCCAUCGAUCAAGUAUUCAAAAAUAGACUCGAGCCUUUACUUAUUGGUUCGGUUAAAUCGAAUAUGGGUCAUGCUGAAGCUGCUGCUGCUGUAGGAUCAAUUUCUAAAGUUCUGAUAGCCAUGGAAACCGGUUUCAUUCCUCCAAAUAUUAAUAUUACCAACGUACGAAAGGAUAUCGAGGCUUUUGCUUCUGGUCGAAUGAAAGUGGUUACAGAAAAAACACCAUGGAAAGGUGGAAUUGUCGGUAUAAGUGGUUUUGGAAUGGGCGGAGCCAAUACACACGCGAUCCUGGAGUCCUUCAAGAAGGAGAAAAUUAAUAAUGGAAUUCCAAACGAUGAUUUUCCUCGUAUUGUGGGCAUUUCUGGACGAACUCGAGAUGGCGUUGAAGUAAUUUUAAACCAUGUGGAAAAUUCACAUAUCGAUGUCGAACUAAUCGCUUUACUGCAUGAAAUUUUCUGUUAUGAUAUUCCUCUGCAUCCAUACAGAGGUUACGCUGUAGUAUCUAAAGAUGGCUCGUUUUCGAAGAAAAAAAUUCAAGAUUUUAAAGCUUCAACUCGACCAUUAUGGUUCUGUUUUUCAAACUUUGAAAAUCAUGUGAAUUCUGUGUACGAUGCUUUGAAACAUUUGAAAGCAUUCAAAGAUGUGAUACUAAAAUGCGACGAACUAUUAAAGCAAUUCGGUCUGAAUGUAGUAGAUGCCUUCGAAAGCAGUUUCAAUGGAGAUGUUACCCUAUCUGUUGAACUGUCUGGGGUUAUAACUCAGUUCGCUCUACAUUCAGUACUGAGCAGUUUGAAACUCGUUCCGGAUCAUGUUAUUGGUGAAUCGUUCGGUGGAUUAGUUGGCGCUUACGUGGAGGGAAUUUUAACAUUUGAUCAAGCUCUGAAAGUGGCUUAUUAUUGUUCCAAAUUAGAUAGCAAAGAUAUCAAUCAGUGUUUGAAAUCGAUAUUGCAAAAUGUAAUUGCACCCGCAGAUAUUCUACCCAAGCUGCAAGAAAUCAUCGAUAUCCAAGAUUCAAACUUCGUAGAAUACCUUAUAAAUCGUUUAUUCAACGUUGAAUUUUUCGAAACCACGGUUCAAAGUAUUCCAAAUAACGCCAUAAUAUUGAAUUUUUCGUCUUCGAAAAUAUUUUCGGAAAAUCUGAAUGCCAAAUUGACCGAAGAAAGUGUUCUAGUUCCCAUCAUAAUAAAUGGCAAUUUGAGUUUCACUGAUUUGAUCACUACAUUGGGAGAAUUAUACCUGUUGGGUGUGAAUUCACAUUUUCAAAACUUAUACACCGCAGUGAAGUUCCCAGUUAGCAGGUCGACCAAGAUGAUAGCUCCAUUGAUCAAAUGGAAACACGAUGUGAAUUGGCCCGUCGCAUUUUCCUCCUUUCAAGAACGCAUGUUGUCGGGAGAACGCAAAGUCAGCGUCUGUUUGGAUGAUAAAGAUGACGCCUAUCUAGCCGGACACGAGAUCGAUUCUUUUGUUUUUUAUCCAGGAACUGGAUACAUUGUUUUGGUUUGGGAAACGUUUGCAAUGAUUCAUGGCAAAAUGUACCAAGAUGUAUCGAUCGUCGUUGAGAAUAUACGAUAUCAUAAAGCUGUAAUUCUUCGACGAAAUGAACCCACAACUCUCAGUAUUAUGGUUCAGAAAGGAAAUAGAAAUUUUGAAAUUUUACACAAUGGUCAAAUCGUUGUCACUGGUCAAAUUUAUAUGCCUUCUAAUGUAGAUAAAGAAAUGUUCGAUGUUCCCGAACCUCAAGGAAGUGAUAUUAUAUUGGAUAGUGCAGAUUUCUACAGACACGUUCUGGUUCAUAAUUUCAAUUAUAAAGGAGCGUUCAGAACGAUUAAGAAAAUUGAUAGCGAAGGUACCCGAUCAACAGUCCUCUGGAAUAAUAACUGGACUGCAUUUUUGGAUGGAAUCUUACACGUAACUCUACUCCCAUGUGAUUUCGUCGCGGUACCAGUUGUGAUGGAGAAAAUUAUCAUUAAUGUGCCCAAACACCAACAAGCAUUAAAAUCGAACCCUUCAGAAAUCGAAGCGUUUAGGAACAUGGAAAUGAACAUAGUGCAGUGUGGAGGAGUGCAAGUGAAAGGUUGCGAUUUUCGAGCCAUUCCUAAUAGAACUAGUAAUAAAAUUCCUCUCGUACAAAAAUACACGUUUACACCGUUCGAACCUGAUGAAAAACACAAAUUACCGUUGAAGAAUGCAAUUCAGUUAUUUGGUCAGUGUGUCAUGGAUUUCGUGGGACAGCAAACCAAAGAUGUGAAAAUUGUUGAGAUUUUAGACGAUGAUUUUGAUUCUAACUCUGCCCCUCUAGUUCCUCAUUUUGCUAGCUUCAUAAAGGAGCAGCCAUUAUUCCAAGCUAAAUUAUUGGUGUAUGUAAAUGGUAACACGAAAAAUGCCAAAAUUGGAAACUGCUGUGAAAUUAUUGAGGGUAAAUUACCCCUCGGUAAUCAAGUAAACGUUCUUAUUUGCUCUCAAGCGUUGAAAAAUACCAAAAAAUUGGAAUCCUGUAUCAGUUCGUUGACCAAUGAUGGAUUCUUAAUUACUCGCGAAGAUCCGGAAAUCGUGUUUUCAGCCGAUCAAUUCAAUUUGCAAAUUUGUGCCAGUGUUGUUUGUAAUAACGAACGGUUCAUUUUAUUGCGCAAGAUCAUGAAACUAGAUCUAAAUUCAAUAAAAGUAAUCCAAGUAUCGAGUAUUUCAUUUGACUGGAUCAAAGAAUUACAAGAAGCUGUACAGAUAUCGCUUUACGAACGGAUAAUUUUGGUUUCAGAGAAGGACAUCUUCAGCGGAAUUGUAGGAUUUUAUAAUUGUUUAAGAUUAGAAAGGGGUACUCAAAAUAUUAGGUGUUUCUUUAUACAAAACUCCAAUGCAUCGUUCUCUUUGAACGAUAAAUUUUUCCAAACUCAAGUACUCAAAGAUCUGGCCAUCAACGUGUAUAAAGAUGAGAAAUGGGGUUGUUUUGUCAAACUACCCAUUGAUGAUCUAGUAGAAGAAAAAGUACGCCAUGCUUUUGUCCAACGUAAAAUGAUCGGUUCGAAAUGGUCGCUGAAGUGGUACAAAGGUGAUAUUAGCGAGACAAAUAUCGAAGACAAGGACAUAAUUUACGUGCAUUACGCGUCGAUCAAUUCUACCGACGUGUUGAUUACUAAAAAUCGAUUAGCUGUAGCAUCGGUGGUGAAGGAUUAUCGGAAACAUGAUUACGCUUUAGGAAUGGAGUUUUCAGGAAUCGAUAAGAAUGGAAAACGAGUUAUGGGACUGAAACCGUACGGAUGCCUAUCUACGAUAAUUGAAAUCAAUAAAGAUGAUUUUUUCGUCAACGAAAUUCCUAAAAAUUGGAGUCUAGAAGAUGCAACCACCGUUCCGGUGGCCUACUAUACGGUUCUGCACGCUCUAAUAUUGUGUAGUAAUUUGAAGCAUAAAGAUAGUAUUUUGAUUCAUUCAGCCGGCAGUGUGGUUAGUCAAGCUGCUAUUCACGUUGCGAUUUAUUACAAUUGCAAUAUUUUUGUCACUAUUUCUUCGGUUGAUGAGAAGCUCUUCAUCAAGGAAAAUUUCCCAUAUAUACCAGACUCAAAAAUUGGCUACACUGAUGCAUCAUUGUUCGAACGAAUGAUUCACGAACAAACAAAUGGUAAAGGAGUUGAUGUAAUUCUAAAUUCCCUUCCUGAAGAUACCCUAUCAUCUUCUAUCAAUAGUUUGGCAUCAUACGGCCGACUCGUUCAGGUCAAAAAAUACGAUUUCAGCAAUUCUGGUUCUUAUGGUAAUAAAUUAUUCGCGAAAAAUGCCAGCUUGUAUUCGAGCACUUUAGAGGAUAUUUUCAAUUUACCAAAUCAUAAAAAAAUUGAACUGAGGAAUUCGGUCGAGAAACACAUUCAGACUGGAGCUAUUAAACCUCUGGCGAGAACUUCGUUCCUCUACACUGCCAUGGAAUCUGCUAUAGAAUUCGCAUCGAAUUCAAGAAACCUAGGAAAAUGUGUGAUACAAAUUGAACCCGAGGAAGCAUCCACGAAAACGCCAAUAAAAUUAAAAAAUGCUAUCCCCAGAGUCAUCUGUGACCCCAAAAAAACUUAUAUCGUUUGUGGUGGUCUCGGAGGUAUGGGUAUGGAACUCGUGAACUGGUUAGUGAUCAGAGGUGCUCGAAAAAUCAUCGUUACGUCACGUACAGGAGUCACUCGCGGUUCUCAAGCUUUACAAGUCAGAAAAUGGGAAUCUUUCGGAGUCCAAGUGGUCGUUUCCAAAGCUGAUAUUUCAAACGAACAACAAACCAUCGAACUUAUCGAAGAAGCUAACGCUUUGGGCAGUGUUGGAGGAAUAUUUAAUCUUGCCGCGGUAUUGAGAGAUAAAAUGUUCGAGAAUCAAACAUCCGACAAUUUCAUACUCUGUGCUAGUCCGAAGAUAAUCGGAACGCAUAAUUUAGACAAAGUAUCAAGAGUCAAAUGCCCCUCGUUGGAAUAUUUUGUUGUAUUUUCGAGUAUCUCGAGCGGUCAUGGGAAUUUAGGCCAGACCAACUACGGUUUAUGUAAUUCGGCUGCUGAAAGAAUCUGCGAACAGAGACAUAUCGAUGGGUUACCGGCUCUUGCAAUCGAAUGGGGUGCUGUUGGUAAUGUAGGCAUGUUGGUUAACUUCUUGGAUGGCAAUGUGGAAUCUGCGUUUGGUGGAAAUCAUAUGCAACCGAUUCAAACGUGUUGGGAAGUUUUAGAUUACUGCAUGAAUCAAACUAGUCCGGUAGUUGUGAGCUGUACUGUUGCUAAAAAAUAAAUAAUACCUGUUACGAAUUCA